GGUGGGCUGAAAAACAGCAAGCAUGAAUGUACACUGUCCUCGCAAGAAUAUAUUCAUGAAUUGAGAUCUGGAAUUUCAGAGGAAAAGCUUCUUAAUUGUCUAGAGUCUUUGAGAGUGUCUCUAACCAGCAAUCCAGUCAGCUGGGUUAACAAUUUUGGACAUGAAGGUCUUGGACUUCUGUUGGAAGUGUUGGAAAAGCUUCUGGACAAGAAACAGCAGGAAAGUAUUGAUAAGAAGAAUCAACAUAAACUUAUCCAGUGCCUCAAAGCAUUUAUGAACAAUAAAUACGGAUUGCAAAGGAUUCUGGGAGAUGAAAGAAGUCUUUUGCUGUUAUCAAGAGCAAUUGAUCCAAAGCAACCACACAUGAUGACUGAAACAGUGAAAAUACUUUCUGCUAUCUGCAUUGUUGGAGAGGAAAAUAUUCUGGACAAGCUUUUAGGUGCUAUAACAACUGCUGCGGAAAGGCACAAUAGGGAACGUUUUUCUCAGAUUGUUGAAGGACUGGAAAACCAUGAAUUCUUACAGUUGCAGGUAGCAUGUAUGCAGCUCAUCAAUGCCCUUGUUACAUCUCCGGAAGAUCUUGAUUUCAGGAUACACUUGAGAAAUGAGUUUUUACGUUGUGGCCUGAAGAAAAUACUGCCUGGCUUGAAAGAUAAGGAUAAUGAAGAGCUUGAUAUUCAACUGAAAGUGUUUGAUGAGAACAAAGAAGAAGACUUAAUUGAACUGUCACAUCGUCUCAAUGAUAUCAGAGCUGAAAUGGAUGAUGUGAAUGAAGUAUUUCAUCUGCUGUAUAAUAUGUUGAAAGAUACUUCUUCUGAAAAUUACUUCUUGUCAAUUCUCCAACAUUUCCUUCUCAUCAGGGGUGAUUACUAUGUCCGACCUCAGUAUUACAAGAUAAUAGAAGAGUGCGUAUCACAGAUAGUAUUGCACUGCAGUGGCAUGGACCCGGAUUUUAAAUGUAGAGGAAGAAUGGACGUGGAUUUUACUCAUCUUGUUGAUGCAUGUGUGGACAAAGCUAAAGUAGAAGAGAGUGAAAAGAAAGCAGCAGAAUUUUCCAGAAAGUUUGAUGAAGAGUUCACGGCUAGACAAGAGGCACAAGCAGAGCUUCAGAAACGAGAAGAGAAAAUCAAAGAACUUGAAACAGAAAUCAAACAGCUACGAACCCAGGGUCCAGGCCUGACAGGUCAACUAACAGAAGCAGGGCCAUUACCUCCACUCCUGCCAAGUGACAAUGCACCAUCGUCUCCAGCGCCUCCGCUUCCUGGUGGAGCAAUACCUCCUCCUCCUCCACCACCUCCGCUACCUGGGGGAGCACUACCUCCUCCACCACCUCCGCUACCUGGAGGAGCAGCACCUCCACCUCCUCCUCUGCUUCCUGGUGGAGCAAUACCUCCUCCUCCUCCGCCACCACCUCCGCUACCUGGUGGAGCAGUACCACCGCCGCCGCCUCCGCUGCCUGGCGGAGCAGCACCACCUCCUCCUCCACCGCCGCCUCCGCUGCCUGGCGGAGCAGCACCGCCUCCUCCUCCUCCGCUGCCUGGUGGAGCAGCACCACCUCCACCUCCUCCUCCGCUGCCUGGGGGAGCAGCACCUCCACCUCCUCCUCCACUGCCUGGGGGAGCAGCACCUCCUCCUCCGCCACCACCUUUUGGUGGGCCUCCAAUGCCACCAGGUUUUGGAGGUGCUCCUUUUGCUCCCUUUCCAGUGAUACCAGCAUUACCACAUGGGAUGAAGGAGAAAAAAAAGUAUAAGCUGGAAGUCACAAUGAAGAGAAUCAACUGGUCAAAGAUACAGCCUCAAGAGAUAGCAGAAAACAGCUUUUGGGUAAAAGCUGAAGAAGACAAAUUCGAAAAUCCAGAACUGUUUGCAAAAUUGGCACUUACCUUUGGAACACAGAUGAAAGCUAAAAAGGCAGUAGAAGAAUCAGAAGAAAAGAAAAUAGCUCAGUCAAAGAAAAGGAUUAAAGAAUUAAGAAUUUUGGAUGGAAAAACCGCACAAAAUUUAUCAAUAUUUUUGGGUUCUUUCCGGUUGCCUUAUGAAGAAAUAAAAAAUAUAAUUUUAGAGGUUGAUGAAGAGAAGCUGAGUGAAUCUUUGAUUCAGAACCUAGUGAAGAAUCUUCCUGAGCAGAAAGACCUCAAUGCCUUAGCCGAAUUAAAGGAUGAAUAUAAUGAUCUUGCUGAGCCAGAACAAUUUGGAGUUGUGAUGAGUUCAGUGAAAAUGUUGCGGUCACGUCUCAAUGGGAUCCUCUUCAGGCUUAUGUUUGAAGAGCACGUGAACAAUAUCAAACCUGACAUUAUGGCAGUUACACUGGCUUGUGAAGAGCUGAAGAAAAGUGAAAGCUUUAGUAAGCUUUUAGAGUUAGUGCUCUUCCUUGGAAACUACAUGAACUCUGGCUCCAGAAAUGCACAGUCUCUUGGUUUUAACAUCAGUUUUCUUUGCAAGAUUAGAGAUACUAAGUCAUCAGAUCAGAAAACAACCCUAUUGCAUUUUCUGGCAGAAAUCUGUGAGGAGAAUUACCGGGACAUCUUAAAAUUUCCAGAUGAAUUACAGCAUGUUGAGAGUGCAAGUAAAGUUUCAGCCCAGACUCUGAAGAGCAACCUUGAUUCCAUGAACCAUCAGAUCCAACGCCUGGAGAAUGACAUUGAGAAUUUCCCUAAAACACAAGAUGAACACGACAAGUUUGUAGAAAAGAUGAGCAGCUUUGCUGAGAGUGCCCGAGAGCAAUAUGAAAAAUUGUCCAACAUGCACAAUAACAUGACUAAAUUGUAUGAAAAUUUGGGAGAAUACUUUACAUUUGAUCCCAAAGCAAUAAGCAUAGAAGAAUUCUUCGGCGAUCUGAGCAACUUCAGAAGUCUGUUUUUGGAGGCCCUAAAAGAAAACAACAAAAGAAGAGAAUUGGAGGAGAAAACAAGGAGAGCCAAAUUGGCGAAAGAGAAGGCUGAACGAGAGAAACUGGAGCGACAGAAGAAGAAGCAGCAGUUGAUUGAUAUGAACAAAGAGGGUGAUGAGACAGGAGUGAUGGAUAGUCUGCUUGAGGCCUUGCAGUCCGGAGCAGCAUUCAGAGAUCGCAGGAAACGAACACCAAGAGGACAAG